UCAUGUAGCCGAGCCAUCAUGGAGCAACAAUUUCACAUACACAUUCACUCACGACCCUUGGAACUAUCCUAGAGCCAGCCACCAUCAUCCUCAUCCUUCAUUUCCCAAUAAUUUAUUCCACUUUCUCGAUUUCAUUAUAUAACUACCGCUGUCGCUCUCACCAAUUUCCAUGUCCUCAGUGCGUAGAUUCAUGAUGGCGGCUGCAUCGAACUCUAUUUCGCUAAAGCACGGGCUUUCUUUCUGCUGCCCGCACUCUGGUUCCUUUUCCGGACAUCAGCGGUCUUCUUCUGUUGCGUUCAGAGGGUUCCGGAGAAGCUACGUUGCUGCCUCCACGGAUUUCGCCAACGAGAAUAGAGAGUUUGUGAUUGUUGGUGGUGGAAAUGCUGCUGGUUAUGCGGCUCGUACUUUCGUCGAGCACGGCAUGGCGGAUGGACGGCUUUGUAUAGUAUCUAAGGAGGCAUUUGCGCCGUACGAGCGUCCGGCUCUGACAAAAGGUUACUUGUUUCCUCUUGAUAAAAAACCAGCUCGCUUGCCUGGGUUUCAUACUUGUGUUGGAUCUGGUGGGGAAAGGCAAACUCCAGAAUGGUACAAGGAUAAAGGUAUUGAGACGUUUUAUCAAGAUCCAGUGACGGGUAUUGAUAUAAAAAACCAAACCCUGAGAACUACUUCAGGCAAACUGCUCAAGUAUGGAGCCCUUUUAAUAGCAACAGGAUGUACAGCCUCAAGAUUUCCAGAUAAGAUCGGCGGUGGGCUACCUGGUGUUCACUACAUCCGAGAUGUUGCAGAUGCAGAUUCACUUAUUUCCUCGUUGGAGAAAGCAAAAAAGGUGGCGGUUGUUGGUGGCGGAUAUAUUGGUAUGGAGGUCGCUGCAGCAGCUGUUGGUUGGAACCUUGAUACAACAAUCAUAUUUCCGGAGAAUCAUCUAUUACAAAGACUUUUUACUCCUUCGUUGGCCAGGAAAUAUGAAGAAUUUUACCAGGAGAAUGGUGUCAAAUUCGUAAAGGGGGCCUCCAUAAAAAAUUUGGAAGCUGGUGCAAAUGGUCGGGUCACUUCUGUUAGACUUGAGGAUGGAUCUUCCAUUGAAGCAGACACGGUAGUAAUAGGCAUUGGUGCAAAGCCUGCUGUCGGCCCGUUUGAGCAAGUGGGAUUGAAUAGUACUGUUGGCGGAAUACAGGUUGAUGGCCUGUUCAGAACAAAAGUUCCAGGAAUCUUUGCAGUGGGAGAUGUGGCAGCAUUUCCAUUAAAGCUGUAUGAUCGUGUAGCUCGGGUCGAACAUGUGGAUCAUGCCCGUCGAUCGGCUCAGCAUUGUGUCAAAACAUUACUAACUGCUCAAACUCACACAUAUGACUAUCUUCCAUACUUCUACUCAAGGGUGUUUGAAUACGAAGGGAGCCCUAGGAAAAUAUGGUGGCAAUUUUUUGGGGAUAAUGUUGGUGAGACAGUUGAAAUUGGGAACUUUGAUCCUAAGAUCGCUACGUUUUGGAUUGAUUCUGGUAAAUUAAAAGGGGUUCUUCUUGAAAGCGGAAGUCCUGAGGAAUUUGAACUGCUUCCUAAACUCGCAAGGUUCCAGCCUUCGGUUGAUAAAGCUAAACUUCAAAGUGCAUCUUCAGUUGAGGAAGCACUGGACAUUGCCCGAGCAUCUUUGCAGCAGGUUGGAGCUGCGGUUUAAUUUUAGAAUAAAAGUGUUUCAACUUUGCAGUUCAAUCAGCAAUAAAACGUUUUCGGUUAUUGAAUUUUCAUUUUUCCAUAAGAUAUUUUGGUUAUUCUCUUUCCUUCAAUCGAUUUUGAUCACUAUUUUAUUUCU